AUGGUAUUGGCUGACCCAACUCUCUCCUCCUAUAGGCUAGAGAUGGCUGGAGGUUCUGACGUGGAGCGUACCAAGAAGAAGCGAAGGGGGGACCGCUAUUCUGUGCAGACAUCUCUGAUCGUAGCAGCGCUGAAGAAGAUGCUUCCUAUUGGCCUCAACAUGUGUUCCCCUGCUGACCAGGAACUGAUUAACUUGGCCAAGAUACGCUACAGCCUGAAAGACACAGAUGAGGAGGUGAGAGAGUUUCUACAGAACAACAUGCAUCUGCAGGGCAAGGUGGAGGACCCGUCAAUGCGCUGGCAGAUGGCGCUGUAUAAGGAGACGUCAGGGAAGGCUGAGGACGCUGAGGACCCUCAGAAGGUGGUCAAGAGAGUCCAAGAGGUCUCCGCUGUCCUCUACCACAUAGAGGUGACGGAGCACCCGUACAAGUCUAAGAAGAUGGUUUGGCACAAGCUGCUUUCUAAACAACGACGCAAAGCUGUUGUGGCCUGCUUCAGAAUGUCCCCCCUCUACAACAUCCCCAGGCACCGGGGGUCCAACAUGUUCCUGAAUGGGUACAAGAGGAACUGGCUGCAGACUGAAGGGUACCAGUUUGAAGACCGCAUGAUCGACGACUUGUCUAAAGCCAUGGAGGAAGAGGAGCUGGGAGAGGAGGGAGAGGAAGAGGCAGAAACUAAACCCGACCCUCUGCAUCAGCUCAUCCUACACUUCAGCCGGACUGCUCUCACAGAGAAGAGCAAACUGGAAGUAGACUACUUAUACAUGGCGUAUGCUGAUAUUAUGGCCAAGAGUUGCCACAUCGGUGAGGAGGAGGAGGGGGAAGAGGAGGAGGCCAUUGAAGUGACCCAGACUGAGAUGGAGAAGGAGAUGGAGAAGCAGAGGCUCCUGUAUCAGCAGUCUCGUCUCCACAACAGAGGAGCUGCAGAGAUGGUGCUGCAGAUGAUCAGUGCCUGCAGAGGUGAGACGGGAGCCAUGGUGUCCUCCACCCUCAAGCUGGGUAUCUCAAUCCUCAACACAGGCAACUGUGCUGUACAACAGAGGAUGCUGGACUACCUGAAGGACAAAAAGGAUGUGGGCUUCUUCCUGAGUAUUCAGGCUCUGAUGCAGACCUGCAGCGUUCUAGACCUGAAUGCCUUUGAGCGACAGAACAAGGCUGAGGGACUUGGUAUGGUGUCAGAGGAGGGAUCAAAUAUGAAGCUAGAACGUGAUGAGAAGGUGAUGGCGGAUGAUGAGUUUACCUGUGACCUGUUCCGCUUCCUGCAGCUGCUCUGUGAGGGACACAACAACGAUUUCCAGAACUAUCUGCGUACCCAGACUGGCAGCACCACCACCAUCAACAUCAUUAUCUGCACUGUGGACUACCUGCUCCGCCUGCAGGAGUCUAUCAGUGAUUUCUACUGGUACUACUCUGGGAAGGACAUCAUAGACGAGCCAGGAAAGAGGAACUUCUCCAAGGCCAUGACAGUGGCUAAACAGGUGUUCAACAGUCUGACUGAGUAUAUCCAGGGUCCGUGUACGGGGAACCAGCAGUCUUUGGCCCACAGCAGGUUGUGGGACGCUGUGGUUGGCUUCCUGCACGUCUUUGCUCACAUGAUGAUGAAGCUGGCUCAGGACUCCAGUCAGAUUGGUCUGCUGAAGGAACUCCUGGACCUGCAGAAAGACAUGGUGGUGAUGCUGUUGUCUCUACUGGAAGGCAACGUGGUGAACGGCACCAUCGCCCGUCAGAUGGUGGACAUGCUAGUGGAGUCCUCCAGUAACGUGGAGAUGAUCCUCAAGUUCUUCGACAUGUUCCUCAAGCUGAAGGACAUCACCGGGUCUGACGCCUUCCGAGACUACGUGACCGACCCCCGUGGCCUCAUCUCCAAGAAGGACUUCUACAAGGCCAUGGACAGCCAGAAGCAGUACUCUCCAUCUGAGAUCCAGUUCCUUCUGUCUUGUUCCGAGGCCGACGAGAACGAGAUGAUCAACUUUGAGGAGUUUGCCGACCGUUUCCAGGAGCCGGCCAAGGACAUCGGCUUCAACAUCGCCGUACUGCUCACCAACCUGUCUGAGCACGUACCCCACGAUACGCGACUACAGAACUUUCUUGAGCAAGCCGAGAGCGUCCUCAACUACUUUAGACCCUUCCUUGGCCGGAUAGAGAUCAUGGGAGCCAGCAGGAAGAUCGAGAGGAUCUAUUUUGAGAUCAGCGAGGCCAACAGGAACCAGUGGGAGAUGCCGCAGGUCAGAGAGUCCAAGAGACAGUUCAUCUUCGACGUGGUCAACGAGGGCGGGGAGAGCGAGAAGAUGGAGUUGUUUGUCAACUUCUGCGAGGACACCAUCUUUGAGAUGAACAUCGCCUCACAGAUUUCUGAGGAGGAGGAAGAGGAGGUGGUAGACUCAGAGGAUGAAGAGGAAGAAGGAGGAGGAGGAGGAGAGUUGGACGAAAAUGGAGAAGAGAUGCCUCCCGAGUCCAGCUCGGCGUUCUCUGACUUCCUGACAAGCGUGGUGAACUUCUUCAACAUGUUCACCUUCAAGAAUCUGCGGCGGCGCUACCGCAAGCUUAGAAAGAUGACUCUGAAGGAUAUGGUGGUGGGCUUGGCCACGUUCAUCUACACCAUCCUGUUUGGUAUCCUGUCUUUCAUCUACAGUGUGUGUAAGGGCUUCUUCAUGCUGAUCUGGAGCACCCUGUUUGGAGGGGAACUGGUAGAGGGUGCCAAGAAGAUCACGGUGACUGAGCUCUUGGCCAGCAUGCCGGACCCAACGCAAGAUGAGGUGCAUGACGAACUGCCACCUGAGCCAGGUGCCGAUGAGGGUCAGGAAGGGAUAGACGGAGGAGAGGAAAGAGACCUGGAAGCAGCGUCCGGAGGAGAGGGUGAAGAAAGAGAAGAGACAGAACCAGAGGAAGAGACACCCCCAGAGGAGGAGAAGGCUGACAAUGAGAAUGGAGAGAAGGCAGAGAAGGAGGCUGAGCCCGUGGUAAAAGAGGAAGAACCGGAAGUGAAGGAGGAAACAUUGAAGACCAAGGCAAAGAAGGAGAAGAAACCUGCGGAGGAGGGCUAUGAGCUUUGGAAUGAGCUAGAGAUCCAGAGGAUCAAAUUCAUGAACUAUCUGUCUCGUAACUUCUACAACCUGCGCUUCCUGGCUCUCUUCAUCGCCUUUGCCCUCAACUUCAUCCUGCUCUUCUACAAGGUUGGAUAUGAUGUAGUGGAGGGGUCAGAAGACAUUGAGGGCUCCGCCCUGUUUGAGGGCUCCGCCGCGUUCGAGGGUUCUGGGUUGUUCGAGGGUUCCGGAGCUGUGGACGAGGGUGGUUCUGGGAUUGAUCCAUUUGACGAUGGUGGUGACGAUGACGGUGGUGAUGACGAUGAUGAGGAGGAAGGACCAUUUUUUUUCUACUUGGAGGAGAGUACAGGUUACAUGCAGCCCUGUUUGUCCAUGCUGGCCAUCACACACACUGUCAUCGCUUUCCUCUGUAUCAUCGGAUACAACUGCCUCAAGGUUCCUCUGGUCAUCUUUAAGAGGGAGAAGGAGCUGGCUAGGAAGCUGGAGUUUGAUGGUCUCUAUGUCACCGAGCAACCAGAAGACGAUGACAUCAAGGGACAGUGGGACCGACUGGUGCUCAACACCCCGUCAUUCCCUAACAACUACUGGGACAAGUUUGUGAAGACAAAGGUGCUUGCUAAGUACGGGGACAUAUACGGUAGGGAGAGGAUCGCAGAGCUGCUUGGGAUGGACCUGGCCUCUCUGGACGUCAGCGCCAUGACACAAGAGAAGAAACACGAACCAGAAAGUGGCAUGUUAAGCUGGAUUAUCUCCAUUGACAUCAAAUACCAGAUUUGGAAGUUCGGGGUGGUCUUCACUGACAACACGUUCCUCUAUCUAGUCUGGUACAUGGUCAUGUCUCUGCUGGGACACUUCAACAACUUCUUCUACGCCUGUCACUUGAUGGACAUCGCCGUUGGUGUGAAAGAUUUGCGCACCAUCCUCUCCUCCGUCACACACAACGGCAAACAGCUGAUGAUGACUGUGGGUCUACUAGCUGUGGUGGUGUAUCUCUACACCGUCGUGGCUUUCAACUUCUUUAGGAAGUUCUACAACAUGAGCGAGGACGAGGAUGAACCGGACAUGAAGUGUGAUGACAUGAUGACCUGUUACCUGUUCCACAUGUACGUGGGUGUGCGUGCCGGCGGGGGUAUAGGAGACGAGAUCGAGGACCCGGCGGGCGAUGAGUACGAGCUCUACCGUGUCGUCUUUGAUAUCACCUUCUUCUUCUUCGUAAUCGUCAUCCUGCUGGCUAUCAUCCAGGGUCUGAUCAUUGAUGCGUUUGGCGAGCUGAGAGACCAACAGGAGCAGGUCAGAGAGAACAUGGAGACUCAGUGCUUCAUCUGUGGUAUCGGUAGCGACUACUUUGAUACAACUCCUCAUGGCUUCGAAACGCACACCUUGGAAGAGCAUAACUUAGCCAACUACAUGUUCUUCCUGAUGUACCUAAUCAAUAAAGAUGAAACGGAACACACAGGACAGGAGUCUUAUGUGUGGAAGAUGUAUCAAGAGAGAUGCUGGGACUUCUUCCCUGCUGGAGACUGUUUCAGGAAGACGUAUGAGGAUCAGCUGGCCUAG